AUGACGUUCGGAAGACGCCACUUCCUGGCGAAGCACAUGCUUGUCUGCCACAACACGGAUAUCCUCGCUCAUCCAUCGCUGGCCGCGCAGGUCCGCCGACCUCCGGCGCCGGAGUCGAAAGCGAACUUUCUUCAAGCAGGACCGGUCAAUACGUCCAAUCCGGUGACCCUUAACAGCUGCGGCGUGUGCGGGAAAGUGUUCAGGCAGCGCUACAACCUGAAGCGCCACAUGAGGACUCAGCACGAGGAACCGAGCAAUGUGUGCACGGUCUGCGCCAAGGUAUUCAAGAGGGCUUCCGGUCUCAAGACCCACAAGCUUACCCACGCCGGGUUGAAGCCAUUUCGCUGCGGACUGUGCGCCCGGUGCUUCACGCAGAAGCAUCAUCUGAUCAGGCAUCAGCUGGUGCAUCUCCCCAAAGUCAACAUCGUAUGUUCCAUCUGCAGGAAGGGAUUCCGCUACGCGUCGGGCUUCUUCGAACACAUGGCGGUCCAUGAGGCCACAAACGAGGCCAGGGGAAAGCCUGCGUUAGGAGCGGAGAUGAUCUGCUAUGGCACGCCCGGCGCGACGCUGCACCGCUCGCCGCACUUUCAGUCGCAGUUUGUGCUCUUUGAUCCCUCCGACAUGGAGUGCAUGUUUUGCGACGCGACACUGCCGGGUCCCGAGCCCCUCCACGAUCAUCUCGUUGAUCACUGCGAACAGAUUGCGCCGGAGACCACUGGUUUUUUCAGGUGCAACAGUGGCGCAGCCGACGAAAUCCUGGGCCUAUGA